AUAAGACCAGAAGAGCACAGAGGCUGUGACAGCUUGGCCAGCUGUUCCGAAAUGAAGCAUCAAUAGCACUUACGGGCGAAAAACAACAUUAAUGAGGAUGUUUACUUCCUGCAUUCUGACAUUCGUCUUCUUCUGGACAGGACUAUCUCAGAAUGUUAUCCAUCCAUGUAACAAGCACAUGUUUGAUAGUAACGUCCACAUCUGCCAGUCAACUUUUAACAAGAGCAUGGAAACAAGCGGCUACCAUCAAGGGUGCGCAUGGCCGGCUGUAAAACGCAUCUACUAUGAUCUGAAGCUCUGUGUGGAUCACUGGGCCAGUGUUUCUUUGUGUCGGAGUCGGGGAUCACUUGUGGAUGACUUCUUCCAAGAGAUCCAUCAGAAGUACUUUGUUUCCUGUGGACGAGUCCAGGACCCACCAGUCUGGACGCUUGUCUUCCUAAUAGCUCCGCUUUUCACUGUCACACUCCUCAUGCCGCUUCUGUGUGCCAAACUGGUGACAAGAAAUAUAGACACGCCCAAUAAUCUCAAUCACUGACUUGCUGAUUUGACAUGGGAACAUGUUGUAGUCGCAUGUACCGGUAAUUGCUGUCAUGAUCCAUAUGUUGUUCAGUUGUCAAAGUGUUAUCUGUUCUGCAUCUUAUCAUGUUACAAAUAUUUCAGUAAGAUCUCCUUCAGUUUCAAUGUAGAACGCUGUGCUAUGUUGGCACGGAGUGAAUUACCUUGUCAUUGGGUAGUUGACUAAUUUGAUGUGUUGUCUGCCUCUCACCCAAAUACUGCAUGAUAACAGCUCAGCUGUACUCAUUUUGUGCCAAAGCUGAAUGCAUAGAAGGCGUCAGUUGUAAUUUGUUUAUGUCAUGUCUUCCUAGAUAUCCUAUUGAGUCGGGAUCGGCAACAUGGUGCCGACCAAGAAGCUAACCAGUGAUCGGAAAUGAUGGUUGCCAAAGAAUGUUGUCAAAGGGAUCAUUUGAAAAUGUUUUUCUAAGUUCCAUAUAUUCCCAUUGUUUAAGAGAAUUUUGAAAGAUGUUUGAAGACCCACAGUACAUUGCGUUCUGUGACGACAAACGCCGAACUUACCAAAAAAAAGAGAAAGUGCUCUUAUUUCACCAGAAAGUUUAAAACUUUUUCCAUUCUUUCGUAGUCAGCAGUAAAAUGUGGGUUAGUUUCACCCAAAAACAACUUCUCACAAAAGCUCAGCACGCACAACAUGUACAAACUACUGCAACACAUACUCUGUGUAUACCAUACCUAUACAUACUCAGUUUAGUUCAAGUGUGUGGUGCCUAAACUUAUCAAAUUUCCAACACGUUGGCAUUCCUCUCCCUCGUAAUGGACUUGACAAGCUGGAAUUCAUCCCCUUAAUCUUUAUCUCCAAAUCAAAAGCUACAAUAGGAUGGAGUACCUGGUUUUGUAUGUUUUGUUUUCUGCACUCCAAAUAUACUUAAAAAGAAAUCAUACUGCAUUGUUUAGUGCACCGUUUUGUUGACCCCCAAGUUAUGACUUAGAACUACUGAUGUAGUGUUUGUAUUUCUACUAAGAACUGUAUGUAGGCAAAUAGAGAAGUGUUUUUGUCUUGUUUUUUUUCUUUUUUUUUGGCCUUUGUCAAUAUAAAGCUUGACUGAUUUGACAUUUGUUAGAAGGCAACAUACGGGCUAUUUUUUUUCUUGGCCCAGGUUUAUCUUUUUAAAAUCACUGUCGAAUGUUGCUUUGCUGGGUGUGUCAUUCUGUACAUCAGCAGAUUCUGCAUAAUAACUAUACUUUUACUUUUCUGCUGAACUUUUUAUAGUCUCUGUCAUGAAAAGCCAAACGUGAUAAUUCACCCAAGGCUUGAGACCAUCCAAGACUUAAAAGAUGCCUAUAAAUUUUUGCUUUUCAGUGCACAUCUAGUUUGAGUUGUGUUUUUUUUUUUUUUGUUGUUGUUUUUUUGGCCUACUUGGGAUUGCAGUGAAGUUUGAACUCAUUUGGUGCAUGAUUUGUGGUGAGACGUCGCCUGUGAGUUGAAUAAAAGAAAACCUGUACAAUGAUUAACCUUACUAAUGAAUGACUCAUUAAAAAAAAAAUCCAUUUGUACAU